CUGCAUGGUGCGGAAGUACAGUGCUGAGUGUACGGUAACGGUACGGGUCUUUCGACAUGGGCGGUGUCCAACAAGCUUUUUCUUGUCGCUGGGAUCGCGGGGCUCGCCGCGGGACGCGGAUCCCCUGUGGCCGACCCGGCGAUGGUCAUAUUUCACCAUAUGACGUGCCCGCCCGCGUUGUGCAGCGCUUGCGAGUUUAGGCAGUUCCUUGAGACGCUGCAUGCUCGCUAAACAUCCUCCCACAUCAGCGGCGUUACCGUGUCUCCGAUCAAAAAGGGGGGAUGGCAGCGCAGAUAAGUGACCGGGGGCCACGGCGCAUAUUCCCUCUGCUCUUGCCCCUUCUCUCCACUUACCUCUUGCCCGUCCGCAUGAUUAUCCGCUCUGGCUUGGUUUUGGUGAUUCGACGGGUUGAGGUUGCUGAGCUCAAAACCGCCGGAGGUUGGUGAACCGACAACGUCAUGCAAGUCAGCAAGCCCUCUCUUCCUUCGCCCAGUCGGUACCACCGAACCCGGCUCGAUCCCCCCUUUUUGGGCAGCGUGCAGACUCUGCUCAAGCAUGGUUCUUUGUUGACUCGGCAG